AUGGAUCGAAUCAUGCCUAUCGCGCCUCGAUCGCGCUCUACCUUCAAAUCCUCUCCGCUCCCAAUUGCUCCUCAUGCGCGUCCGCCAUCUCCUGAGUCACCAGAAUGGGAGCCGCUCUCUCCUCAGCGUCCCAUUGAGCCCACCUUCAACUAUUCUGCCGUGACCCAACCCACUCCUUCAACCCAGCCUCCUCCCUCGACCACAUCGCAACGAUCCGAGAAGCCGCGAGGACAUAAGCGCUCACCUUCAACCAUCGAGGCUCUGGCCGAUGUUGCCCUUUCCACGAGUCCACAGCUCCCACCGGCCGCGCCAUCUGUACAGCCCGCUGCCGACAAUUUCGUCACUCCUGGGCCCAUUCGUGCUACCAAACGCGCCCGCUCCGAUGCAGGUCCCGGUCCUCAAGCAUACUCUUUCCCUGCCCGGCCGUCAUCCAGUCACCACUUCUCCCAGGCCAGUGUGCUUCCUUUGGCAUACAAUACUGAUCGCCAACGUCGUCAAUCUACCAAUACCGCUACCGUCACCUCACUAGAGGACGCCGAGUUACUCUUGAACUUCGCCGGUCGUGUUGCUUCCCAACCCCCACCUCCCGCUCCGCCUCGUCGCCAUGCUCCUCCUCUUGGACCCUCAGCAAACCCUGUGAGCUUCUACACCGCACCACAGGCACCUCCACCUCAUCCAUAUCCUUACGUCCCAGUACCGCCCUACGCUGCCCGAGUCUCAGUACCGGAACCGGUCGUCCUAGUCGCUCCUCCGUCCGUUAUUUCCGAGAAUGCAUCCGCUUCACUGCCCUCUCCCCAGGAUACGAACGAAGAUGAAAAGAGCAUGGAUACAGACAAAGAAAUGGUUCAAAGCUCAGAGAAUGAGCCGUUGCCCGUGGCCGUUGUGUCGGAGCCACCAAGAGUUCGUGCACCACAACAGACGCAUACUCCACCUGAGGAGGAGCGCAGGACAUCUGAGCAGACCGUUGCACAAGUAAUGCUCCCUACACAAGAGACCACCGAGCUACCUGCCGGGUCAGUGGAACAGCAUUUGCCUACAGAUGUUCCUGCAGCGAGACCGCGUCGUGGAUGGCCCAAGGGCAAACCUCGUGGACCACGGAACAAGAACUCGACGACCACCAAGCCUCGAUCAUCAGCCCGUCGAUCGCGAGCUUCUACAGCGAAAUCGGUUGCCGACAGUAGCGACUCCAGCGCGGAAGAGAAGAGGCCCAGGCGCAAAUCAGACUCGGAGUUACCAUUACCAUAUUCAGAACAACUACAAUCUCGUUCAGGAGAUGCGCGAUGUGCGACAGUUCCUCCAAGUCUACGCUACGAGAUUCUGCAGUUGCCUACAAAACCGGCGCCGGCACCACGCAAGCCUUCCAAGGAAGUUCAAGAGACGGUAUGCGCUAGCUGCGCUCUGACUCGCGAAUCUAACCAUGGCGAGCUGGAUCAGUGGAUAAGCUGUAACGGCUGUCAAUUGUGGUUCCACUUCGAUUGUGCUGGCUUCAAGAACGAGCGCGAUGUGCGAGAUGUCAGCAAGUUCUUCUGCAAAGCCUGUGAGCCCAAGCAUGGCUCAACAACGUUCGUAAGAAAGUCGAGUCGUGCCCACGCAGCUGUCGACUAUGCCGGCUUGAAUCAGGGCAUUCUCAAGACGUCCGAUGAUAAUCCUGAACAUCACUAUAUUCAGCCAAUCAAGGACGGCUCUUUCACCNUUGACCAGGAGAUGUUUCCACGCAUGCGUCCUGAACUUGUCACCCGCGAGUUCUUUGAGACUUGCUCUUCGUUCUCUGAGCCUGUUGUAAUACCUGCCCAGUAUAAUCCCAAGCUCUCUGACGGGCGACCAGUUUCAGCGCACGACAGCGAGGAGCAGGAUGUUACUUUCGCUGGACCGGAAGAAGAUGAGGCUCUUNUGCAUGACUUCGAGUACGAGACUGUGCCUGAUGACGGUCAAGACCGUCUUGAUAUGGUUGUGCCUCGAGGUUUGACUGUCAGACACGUUGCUGAGCUUGUAGGCCCACAUGAACCUCUCGAGGUGAUUGAUGUCAAAACUCAAGGUACCGAAGGCAAAUGGAAUCUGGCAAAGUGGGCAGACUAUUAUGAAGCCGACGGCGAGAAGGCUGUCCGCAACGUCAUCAGUUUAGAGGUCUCCUCUACCAAGCUCGGAAGAUUGCUAAGAAGACCUAAGGUUGUCAGGGACAUCGAUCUUCAAGACUCGGUUUGGCCAGACGAAGAAACGCUCAAAGGAAAUUUUCCGAAAGUACAAUUCUAUUGCCUCAUGUCUGUCGCCGACAGUUUCACAGACUUUCACAUCGACUUCGGUGGCUCGUCGGUGUACUACCAUAUUCUACGUGGCAAGAAGACUUUCUUCUUCAUUCCGCCAAAGCCCGGCCAUCUCAAGAAAUAUGAGGAUUGGAACAACUCGCACGAGCAAAACUUCACGUGGUUGCCGGAUGCUACCAAGGAGUGUUACAGAGUCGAUCUGUCUGCAGGUGAUACCAUGCUGAUUCCUUCUGGUUGGAUUCACGCUGUGUGGACGCCAGAGAACAGUUUGGUAAUUGGAGGCAACUUCUUGACUCGUAUGCACUACUCAACCCAGUUCCGAAUCGUCGACAUUGAGAAGGCCAUCAAGACUCCCCAAAAGUUCAGGUAUCCACAUUUCCAGAAAGUCAUGUGGUACACUGUUAUCAAAUACCUAGAGACAGAUCCACUGCCUGCUGAAGUUGCUCAGGUCUUUUACAGUGGCGCGAGAUUUGUCCGUGAAAGACCUGUUUGGGAACAGUUUGAUCAGCACGGAAAAUUCUCAAGUUGUGCUUCUGGGAGUGCUUACUACAACUGCCGAUACUACUCACAGGCUGAGUUGGAUGGACUACCAGAUCUGAUCAACUUCAUCUUCCGUACCGUCAUGAUCGCUCUCGGCCGAAUUGAAGGUGUAACGGAGGACACUCGCAAGAAAGUCAUGAGAUCCAUACCAAAAUCGCAUGGUGAACCUCUUGAGCUGGCCCGAACGUUCGCUCUUUGGGUAGCAUGGAAANGAGGCAAUGAAGAUCCACCCGCUUGGGCGCAUCCCGAUGCUGAUCUUCCAGAUAAGGAGAGUGCAGCUCCUAAAAAGCUUAGUGCCCGAGCAUUGAAAGCUAUGCAAAGGCAAGAAGCAUUUGAGGCUUACAGAGCCGCCCCUGAGAGACAGUCUGCUCGCCAACAUGCAUCUCGAGAGCCCGAGUUCAUCGCCGCCACGUCACCCAUGCAGUCGAUGCCUUCUGCAUCGGCUCCUCAAACACAAACUAUACCUGGCCCUAGCAGUCAGCAUACGAGCACGCCGAAAACAUCAGUACUCGGCCCUAAGAGAGUCGCAUGCGAUGCAUGUCGGAAGCGUCGAAUCAAGUGCAAGCAUAAAGAUGUUGUCACCACGAGUACACCAUUUGGACAACCACCUGUGAUGUUCCAAUCGACACCAUCCGUUGAUGGAGCUGUUGAAACUGUGCCUAUCGAUUUCCAGAGGAGAGACUCUCGCGACUUCUUCGCCGCUAACACUAUGAGUCCUGUAAAGGCACCCGAGCAAGUCACACCGAUAGCACCAUUUAAUCAAUCUCUACCGAACCCUGAGCAACAUAUGCCAAAUACGCCAAGUAUUCAGAGCCUGCAGAGUCUCCAGGGUUCACAAGGUUUGCAGAAUGGACAUACCAACGCGAUGGUGGGCAUCGCUCCCAUGGCGCAAAUGACCUCGACAGAUGGCGUCGGUCCUGCUAUCAUUCCUGGAAAUGCAUUGCUAGCAGACCCGAACAGCAAGCGUGGCAGAAGCAAGGCGUGUCUUGACUGCCGCAAGAGCAAGAUCGAUCCCAUCAAGGCCGAACAGACGCCUGUCCCUCGUGGUUCAAUUGUCUCCAAGAAAAGAAGGACCAGUGGGGAGAUGGAGAGCCCGAUCAAGAAGUCCAAGCAAGCCCGAGCUCCACAAGCUGCUCCUGUGAUGCCUUUCUCGAUGGAGUCCAGCUACCAAUCCAACAUGGUCUCACCUCAACAGUACAAGCAGUAUUCCUAUGCACCUGAAGCCAAUAUCCCGCACUGGCAGCAUGCUUCAUACAUGUAUCCCGAUCCGACCUCGACCGGUGGUGGUGUCAUUCUACAUGGUGGUCCAUACCAUCAACAGUCUGACUUGAAUGGACCUUAUAAUGCACAAUCACUGGAGCAGUUGGCAAACGAAGUCCUUGACUCUAGAUACGUCAACGACGGUGAUUAUACUGUACCUCAGGCCAAUGGUGACAGUGUGCUUCAUCCUGCAUUACAGCAACAAGGCUCUGUUUCGAGUCAGAAUUCAGGACACCGAGAGGAUACAUCUCCUUCGCUAGCCAAAGCCUACCCGAGCAACCAUGUUCCGGCUGACCUCGAUCAUGCUGUUCGGCGCGUUGAUACUAAUGAGACUGACUAUCGACCGAGCUCGUCUGGCGGACCUGUGCAACCUCACACCACUGACACUUCAGGACUGCAUCUCCAGAGUGGCCCCGACGUGACAAAAGAGGUUGCGACGCAAAGUGAACCACUUGAAAACGGCCUGGCUCAUGCUGCCCCUGUUCAGCCAGCUUCAAAAGUUGCUCCUAUUUCCGUGGACACUCCUUUAGUACCUACGAAAGGCGCCAUCACAUCGCCCGAGAAAUCGGCAGCUUCACUUGCUGUAGCACCCACCAUAGGUCUGGCUAGCAUACCACUCUAUCAACCCCCGGCACCACCAUUAACGAAAUCCCAGACUCCUCGAACUGAGCGCCACUCUUUCAGUGUCAGUACCGAAAAACCGAUCAAUCGCAUGCAGAGGUCCCUUAGCAAGACACCCGUACCAACACAAGCUACACCAGGCACGGAGCUCAAGACUCCUGGAAGCAUCAAGCGUAAGCGAGAUAGUCUAUCGGCAACACCAGGUACGACAAAGUCAAAGAAGUUUGAACACAUUAUCAGAGAAAAAAGCAUCCUCGAGGAAGAGGAAGAACAAAGCAUGCAGCUCGCACGGGAGCUGCAAGAUCAGGAUUAG